GAAUUAUUCUGAUUGACUCUACUAUUUCCGGGAAUUGAAAUUGAAAGUCUUGAUUAACCUGUUGUGACUCGAUAAUAAAUCGAUCUCCGUGAAUACUCUACCUUUCCCGUCCGAUUUGACCAAGUUUCGCACCUUUUUACGACUUUCGCAUUCACAAAAUGGCGCCCACCAGAGGGUCGUCCAAGGGUGCCUCCUCCGGAGGUGCCUCCAAGGGUCCCAAGGGUCCCAAGGGCUCUAAGCCUUCCGGCAUGUCCUCUUCCUCCCGCGUGAGCAAGCCCAGCAGCAAGAAGAAUGUCAAGCGUCCUCCGCCACAAGAAGUCAAGUCUAAGGCGCGCACCGCCCCGGAGAACUUGGCCAGGAAGAAGAAGAGAGUCUAUACCGAGGCAGAGCUUGAUCUUCCCAAGCUGAACCAGAUCACACCCGUUGGAGUUGUUAAGCCCAAGGGAAAGAAGAAGGGCAAGGUUUUCGUUGACGACCAGGAGGGUAUGAUGACAAUUCUCGCCAUGGUCAACGCCGAAAAGGAGGGUCAGAUCGAGUCAAAGAUGAUGAAGGCGCGCCAACUCGAGGAGAUCCGAGAGGCCAAGAAGGCCGAGGCCGAGGCACGAAUGAAGGAGAAGAAGUCCAAGCUCGACGCCGUGAAGGAUACCAUUCGGAACAAGAAGAAGAACAAGGGUGGAAAUGACAGGGCUGCAGAGAGUUCUCCAGCUUCCUCAAAAUCAGGCUCAAAGUCUGCCAAGGGAAAGCGCAAGAGCGUUUCAUUUGCUUAAACGACCGAAACAAAAAAGUGGCUAUUGUCUAUACCAUCUCCAUGCUUAGACUGGGGUCUGGCGUUUGUGUGGGUUUCAUGUUUACUUCGGAUUCGAACCAUUGUGAAUAGCGUUGAUCCUCUAAUGGGAGCUGUCCCCCAAAGCUUGAUGAAUCACAUUUAACUUCUGAUCAAAAUGGGGUUCUUCGUUUUAUGGACCAAGGAUGGAGGAUCUCUCCAAUUGUAAGAUUCAAUGGCUUUCUAAUGUCUUGGAUUAUUGGCAUCUUCCAUGCCAUUCAUGGUGACUCAGUUGAAACA